UUUUCCCACAUCAAACCAUCACCCACUCCUCUUCAGUGUUGUUUCCAUUUAACAAUUAUCCCAUUCUCUCUCCUCCAUAACUUGUUCUAUCAUAUUCAUAGCAAUAAUAAUGUCCGACAUCAAUGGUGGUAGCAACUCAGAAUACCCUUCUACCAGAAGUAUUAGCAGCCAACUUUCUGAAGAAGAACCUUUUUUAUUCACCUUGGAUCUCGUUUCCGCUGCCAAACGCAACCUUAAGUUCCUCCGUUACGUGGAUGAUUCUCAUUGGCUCCACCAUCCUCCUACUCUCAUUGAAGCCAUUCGCAGAUAUGAGGAACUCUGGAUGCCAUUGAUUUCUGAUCUAACAGUUGGGCAGAACCAACGGCCACCGAUGAUUCUCCCUCCAUUUGAUAUUGAAUGGGUUUGGUACUGCCACACUCUUAACCCGGUUCACUACCGAGAGUACUGCAAAACGAGGUUCUCAAAGGUGAUAGGGAAGGCAACAAUUUUCGACGAGGAGAAUGAGGAUUAUGCUGUAGAUAUGUGCAGGAAAAUAUGGAAGAAAAGGUACCCAAAUGAAGCAUUUGAGAAUGAAGUGGAGUCUGAAAUGUUAUUAAGAGAAGAGGAAAAAAGUGGCAAUGAGGAAAUAUUGAUGGGUGAGAUAGGUAAACAAAGGGGUUUAUAUGAGAGGUUUCUUAAAGAGCCUUACAUGGGAGAAAUAGUGUACUUAAUUGCAGCAAAGAGGAGAUACAAGAAAUUUUUACAUCUGAUGGUAAUCCAACAAGAUGAUGGGGAUGUUGAUGGUGAUGCUUCUUCAAGUGUCUUGGUCCCUGCUGUUGAUAUCUUGCUCAUGUGGCUCACUCACCAGAGCUACCCAACGGUAUAUGCAGCUGACACCAAGCACGUGGAAGAUGAGCUGCUACUGAAGGUGGUAGGCCCGUGGGAUCCUUCAGUGAAAGAAGAAGACAUAGAGGAAACAAAGUUGCUUUGGGAGGCCACUUUUGAUCAGCCAUAUGAGAAAGCUGGGGGAAGUAUAGCCGUUGAUUUGCUAGGCGGUUUUGCUGUCCAAAGCUUGGUUUACUGGCUGGUUUCAGACUCUGAUGUUAAUAUAAAUUACAAGUCAUUGCGCCCAAGAUUCUUACUAGAGUUAUGUGUAUUUGUGAGGCUGAGGUCACAUAUGGAUGCAACACAAGCAGAAAAGACACGCGAGUUCUUGCGCCUACGAAUGUUUAGAUGUCACAAGGAGCACAAGUUUGACAAGCCCGUUUCAAGGUUCGCUCCAGAUUCAUGGCAAAAGGCUUGGCAUUUCUAUUCCGAGUUUGGAACCAAGGGAGUCAGGAUUGAGCUUCGCCAUUCAGGAAAUCUCUGUUUCUCGGGCACUGGUUUGCUGGAUACUGUCUCUUUUAUGUGGAAUGACUUGCUCCGUGCACCAUCUCUGGCAUUUGGAAGUGAAGUUGAUCAGAAAAUUAGGGUCUUCACCUCAAUUACUCCACCCGUUCAAGCACCAUACCUGUUGAAAUGUGUUCCUGAUCGCGUCAGUGAUGAUUCUGGUGCUAUGAUCUCUGAUGUAAUGCUUAAGCUAAAUCAGUAUCGGCCCCAGGAAGGAAGAUGGUUAUCUCGAACUGUCCUCGAUCAUGCAGGACGUGAAUGCUUUGUGGUUCGUGUAAGAGUAGGUGGGGGAUUUUGGAGGAGAGGGGGUGAGGCCCCAGAGACAGUGAACUGGGAAGAUCGGAUUAUUGAGAUACGCGAAGGUCCAUGGUCUUAUGUGGCAGGUUCUACAAUUGGCAAAGCCCCUGAUAAAGUGGUGGGAACAGCAAAGCCUAAAGAGGAACCAAAUGAGAAAACUUCAUGGUGCUUUUCAACUGGGGAUGAACUGACAGUGCAGUGGGAAUCAACAACUUCCAUGGAAACUCUUAGCCUUACGCUUAAUACCCACCAUAUUGACUCUUCAGUCAAGUUGUUGAAGGGUCGGAAAAUGCAGUAUGAGGUGAGUAAAGAAGAGAAAAAACUAGGUAAAACAGAAGAUGAAAUAGAAGAAGGGUUUGUGACAGUUGUUAGGUUUUCUGAUGAGAACCCGAAUGGAAAAGCUACCGCGCUUAUCAACUGGAAGCUUCUGGCAGUGGAAUUUUCGCCAGAAGAAGAUGCUGUUUUCGUGCUGUUAUUGUGCCUUGCAAUACUGAGGAGUGUUUCUGAGAUGAGAAAAGAAGAUGUGGGAGGAUUGUUAGUAAGGCGAAGACUGAAAGAGGCCAAGUAUGGAGAGAGGGAUUGGGGUUCUAUUAUACUUCAUCCUUCUUCAUGCAAUGCAUCUUCGGUUUCUUCCCCUCACAUUCUGCCUUGGUAUUGGAAUGCUAAGGUUGUUUUAGGACACGAUCCUAGCGCCGAGCAUACUUUAAAUCAACCAAGUUUUUCUUUGGCUGAAGGUGGUGAAAAAUUGUAUAAGAGGGGUAUUAUUUCAUGAAAAAUUGUUACUUGUUUUCAGUUUUGGUGCUGAGAAAUAACGUGGAUCAAAAAGGGGAAAUGAGGAGUUUGCAUAUUGAUCCAUACGAGUGAGGCUGUA